GGAAACAUAAUCUUUCAGUGAAAAAGAGUGAUGAAAGAGCCGAAGAAAAAGUUUUUGGUGAGUGUGAAUGUUCUUGGAAGCGUUGGUCCUAUAAGGUUUUUGGUCAAUGAAGACGAUAACGUUUCAAGUGUUAUUAACACAGCUUUGAAAACCUAUGCUCGUCAAGGCAGGAUCCCGGUUCUAGGGUUAGAUGUCAACAACUUCAUUUUCUACUCCAAUAGUGCAGGAUUCAACACUUUGAAUCCACAAGAGAAGAUAGGCUCAAUGGAUGAAACGAACUUCUUGCUCUGCAAGAGAGAGCGAGAACCUCUGGAAAAGGUCGAAGGAAGAGAAGAGAGUAAAGCUCGUGAAGGCAAGGGUUGGAAGAAUCGUCUUCGUCGGUCCUUAUUAGGAGAAUUUCUAUACAAAAACAAAUCUAACUCUACAAAAGUUGCAAGAACUAGAUCAUUAUAUCAGUGAUCCUUUUUCUUGCAAAUAUAUAUUUCAUUAAACUUAACGGGGUUUUUAAUACAAAUGUUAUUACUUACACUAAUAUGGUAGAUACAAUUUA